AUGUUGUCAAUAUACAAAAUCACAGCGAUAAUACUUCUCGGCACACUGAGCAAAGGAGAGCUGCCGGAGGAUGACUUCAGGAUAAUCAAAAGACAAGACCUGCUGGCGUCAGAUAGCGAUAUCUUUGAAGAUAAGGACGGCAAAUCAUUUUCGCAACUGCUUUUCGACGUUGCAAGAGACCAAGUGAUAGUGGGUGCAAGAGACACCCUCUACCGUCUUUCACUUCGUGGUCUACGACAGUUAGAGCGUGCGGAAUGGCCGGCACCAGCCAACACAACCAAACUAUGCCAAUACAAAGGUCAAACAGAAGAUAAUUGCCAUAAUUACAUUAAAGUGUUACUGGCAUAUGGACAUAAGCUUUUCGCAUGUGGAACCAAUGCCUUCAGUCCUCUUUGUAGCUGGAGAGAGAUUGAAUCAUUAAACAUGGUAUCAGACUGGGUGUCUGGGGUCGCACACUGUCCACAUAACCCAAAUUCCAAUAUAACUGCAAUAUUUGCAAGCAGCGGAGAAUAUUAUGCAGGGACACCGACGGACUUUACUAGCUCUGACACAGCUAUAUGCAGGAGUCAAGGAGCUUCUAAUAGAGAGUCAAGCAUGUUGCGGACGACACAGUACGACUUUAACUGGCUAAAUGAACCACAGUUUGUGGGAAGUUUUGAAGAUGACUUCUUUGUUUACUUUGUGUUUAGAGAGAUCGCUGUGGAGUAUAUGAACUGUGGAAAGAUAAUUUACUCACGUAUUGCACGUGUUUGCAAGAACGAUUCAGGUGGACACCUGGUGAUGAAGGACAAUUGGAGUACUUUUCUCAAAGCCAGACUCAAAUGCGCAAUACCUGGAGAUGUUCCUUUCUACUACGACGAAGUACAAAGUGUCGAAUAUUUGUCGCAGGAGAAAAUUCUUGUUGCAGUUUUUACUACACCUACAAAUAGCAUAGCAGGCAGUGCAGUGUGCAUCUAUAAUAUGUCAGACAUCCACUUAGCGUUCGAAGGGUCGUACAAAGUACAAGACUCGCCAAUGUCUACGUGGGAACAGAGAACACCAUCACGGGAAGCAAGGGAACAUUUCAGAUGCAACACUGACCCUAGACAACGCCAGUCUAUGGAGUAUCAUAAGUAUCACUUAAUGUACGAAUCUAUCCAGCCUGUAUCUGGGGAGCCAGUAUUUAAAGCGACCUUAGAGCGCUUCACCCACGUGACUGUCGAUGUUGCCAACACUAAACACGUUGAAAAACAAUUAGUAGUGUUUGUGGCAACACAGAACAAUGAUAUUUUAAAGUUGGCUAUACUGCCCAAGUAUGAAGGCGCGUGUGUUGCAGAGAUUUGGAAGUUAAAAGACGAGAAAGGCGGAUUUGAUAUAUUGUCGAUGCAGUUCGUUAAGGAUACUAUGUCCCUCUACAUAGGUAGUGAUACAGGAGUUUUACGUAUAUCCAGUGAACGUUGUUCCCGAUACAAAACCAAAUCUAGCUGCGUGAAUGCCGUGGACCCGCACUGUGGAUGGGAUGAUGCUAGAGAGAAAUGUCUUAAAGCAUCUACUUAUAUACAUGAGACGUACUUCACUCAAGUCACUGGGAGCUGUCCGUCUGUUAGUACGCCUGUGGACGGUGGUUGGUCAUCGUGGUCGGAAUGGGAGCAGUGUAUGCAAGAUGGUACACAACAAAACUUGUAUGGAGACGGAAAGCCUGACAUGUGCUUGUGUAGAACAAGACACUGUGACAACCCUAAACCUGCUAACGGUGGACAGGGAUGUACAGGUGCAAGUAUAUCAGUAGCAAACUGCACCGUCCACGGCGGCUGGUCGGCGUGGUCGGCCUGGUCCGAGUGCUCCGCGUCCUGCGGCAUCGCGGUCAAGUUCCGCAGGCGCUCCUGCACGUCGCCGGAGCCCAAGUUCGGGGGCAGAGUGUGUGUUGGACUGGAAGUGCAAGAUUUGUUCUGUUCUAACUUACCGCCAUGUCCAGACCCAGCAUUAGCACCAGUAGACGGGUCCUGGUCUCCAUGGGGUCCAUGGUCAGCAUGCUCUGGUAGCGGUUGCGGGUCAGGAGCUGGAACUAGAGAGAGGAAGAGGGUGUGUGGCAACCCUGCGCCCUCGCACGGGGGCGCGGAUUGUGAGGGUGAAGAGGUCGAGAAACAAACGUGUGAUCUCCGCGCUUGUGAACUGAGGAAGGCCACUGCGUGGACGCCAUGGGUGCAAAUACCGAGUAAUGCAUCGGAUGGAAGUUACACUGAGAAGAGAUUUAAAUUUUUAUGUAAAGCACCAACUCCAGAGCAAAUAAGGCUAUCCCUAUCCCGGGAAGAAGAACGCUACUGCAGCCCGCGCGGCGCGUGCACGAGCGCGCCGCCGGACGAGGCGUGGGGCGCGUGGGGCGCGUGGGGCGCGUGCUCGGCGCCGUGCGGCGGCGGCCAGCAGGCGCGCGCGCGCCGCUGCCGCGCGCCGCCCUGCGCCGGGCCCGCCGACAUGCUGCGCGCUUGCAACACGCAUGCGUGUGUUGGUGAAUGGUCAUGCUGGAGUGAAUGGAGUGAAUGUAGCGGCGGGUGCAACAGCGUCGCGACCGGACAUCGAACCCGCACUCGCAUGUGCCUGUCGCCCGAAGGCUGCGCGGACGCGGGCGCUGCUUUAGAGCGACGCAUUUGUGUUAAUAAUUGUGCAGAAUCCGAGAGCGGCUGGGGAGCGUGGGGCGAGUGGGGCGCGUGCGAGGGCGGCGAGCGCGUACGGCGGCGCGCGUGCACGGCCGGCGCCUGCGUCGGCGCGCAGCUGCAGGUAGCGCGCUGCUCCGACACCGCGGACGUUGAUAAUGAGUUAUAUGCGAUGCCGGCAUAUAGUCAGAAUGUGGAAAUGGCGUCGUUUGUCACAAUGUCCAACGAGUCACUCGGCAUUGGCGGCAUUAUAGGCUGUGUGGUAGCUGCUUUUGUUAUGGGUUGCCUAGUUUGCUUAGCGGGCGUCAUAUUCUGCCACCGUCGAGGCACUCUACCUUGGAAUCGAGCGCCAAGAGUGCCUUCCAGCCCACACUAUAUAACCAAACAAAAUAGUUAUGUAACCGUACCUUUGAAGGAAGUGCCACGUAAAGCGAAACGUCAACCGUCAUUUUCGGGUAUCGGCAAUUCAAGCGGCAUCCUUCUUUCGAAAAGCAAUAAUAUCACGAACCCAAACCAUAAUAACCCUAUGGCGACACCAAAGUUGUAUCCAAAAGCCAUAGCGAAUGAAUACGACUCUAUGGGCACAUUGCGGAGGCAUUCUAACCAGCCAAAUAAUAAAAUAAAUCUUGAUAUCGAAGAGGAUAAAUUCUAC